AUGGUGACCAAGUCACUUGGACCCCCAUCACGUCUGGCUAUGGGACUCUGUUGGAUGGGCGAGUCAAGACUGGAUGCUAGGAAAAUUGGAGAAGGAGGAGAGGAGGGAAGGCAUAGCAGGUUGUGCAUCUGGUGCACGAAGCAACACACCUAUCCAGAUACGAUUGCUGGAGCCGAGCGAGACGCGGCUAAAGGGGCUGGAGGGACGGGGAUAGGGUAUGCACGUCUGCCACUUAUCACGAUACUGGGACCUAGCGGAGAACAAGGAAUGCGAGCGAAUGACACCAUGUUUAUUGGAUUGUUGUUACUCUGGGCCUACGUGAUGCCAGACAAACUCGGAGAAGAAUACACUGCGAAGCGUGCAAUGACCCGCCUGGUUUUAGCGCUGGACGGAGUACCAAGCCACGCUACAUGGAGCGGCUACUGGGCACCGGGAGAGACGUCAAAACUACCAAACGUUCAUUUGCGCUGGUGCAGUACUACUAAAGGGCGUGGUCAUGAAGCUUGA